AUGGGGCUGUCAGACAGGCAGGCUAUUACGGACACAGACGUGCCGAGGAGUGGGCAGGACGCCGCGGAGCACGCGGGUGAUGCGAAGCCGGAUUCGAGCUCAGAGUCACACUCAUAUUGGUACCCCGUUCGAGGUCUGCGUUGUCUUCCGCCCUUGGUAGCGCCCAAGACGGUUCCUUGGGAGGUCAACCUCAGCGCCAUCAACCUUAGGCGACUCAUAGCCGGUUUCUUGCCCGAUGAUGGCGACGAUCGAUGGGUUAUGUAUGCCGAGGACCCGCACCCGCCAGAGGGGGACAUCACGGUCAGAAUCUUCAAGGUCCUUGGGCGUGUAUGUUGGGUGUUGCACCUGAAGCGAGGGGGCAGUGAUGGUGGUGACGGUGGUGACGGUGGCAAAAUAUAUGCCCUCACUUGGGACCAGGACUUGCAUGGGAUGCAAUACCCAGAGGAAGAAGCGAAGAGAGAGGCCAUCAAGUUUGCGAGGAUGCUUACCGAUUGCGAUUUCGGCGGGCUCCAGGGGUAGAGGGUGAAGCAGCGAUGU